AUGGACAAAAGUGAAAAUAAUAAAUCGACGGAAUACAAGGAAGAUUUGCAAUUUGAAAAAGAAAGCUUCGAAAUAGUUAAAAAUUUAAAUCCUUCUAUUAAAGAGUUUCAAAAUAAUUUCAGAUUAUUAAAUGAUAAAUAUUCAUUAAAGGAUUUAGAAAAAGUAUUAAACCCUGUUGAAUAUGCUGAUUAUAAUUCAUUUCUUGCUUAUUCUAUUUGUUCACUCUUUUAUGCAUAUUUAAAGAUAUCUGGGAAUUUCCUGAAUAAUCAUCCUAUUAAAAAUGAAUUAAAAAGAGUGCAAUCAUUAAUGAAGGAAAUAAAAGAAAAAAAUCAAGAAAUUAGUGAGGAAAGAUCUCUUACAAUUAAUAAAGAAGCUUCGAAGAGGAUUAUAGAUUCAUGUGUUUCUUAUAAUAAAAAUUUAAAAAAAAGAAAAUAUUAA